GUAUGACCACUUCGAAGAUAUUCUCACCAACGAAGAGGAAGAAGAAAUCACACGAGAACUACGGAUAAAGCAGGCCGCCUUCGCUGAGAUUGCUGCCAGAGACGCAGAACUCAUCAAGAUCAGGGAUGCACAGUUACCAGCUAAGAAAAAGCCAAGGCAAACUCCAGAAACAAAGGAAGAUGGGUUCAAAAACUACAUGAAGAUGUACUAUGAUCGCCCACGGCUUGCAAUACCCGAGGAUGAAAUAUUCCCUGAAGACAAGAUCAAAGCAAUAUUGAAAGGUCCGGCCGAAAAAGGUAAGUUAUCUCCCUUGAUGUUACAGAGAUUCAAAUGUGUUCAGACAGUAGUGGUCAUGCAUGGUGACAUAAACUUGUUUGCUAGUGUUUGA